AUGUCACGGAGCAAUACGGGUGCCGGUCACAGUGGCGGGCAGGCUGUCCCCGGCCGACUAUUCAGCAUUCCGAAGGAAGAGCCCGGCCGACUCUUCAACAUUCCCAAGGAAGAGCCCGGCCGACUUUUCAAUAUUCCGAAGGAAGAGCCUGCAGAUGCGAUUCUGCAUCCGGCCGAAUGUCACGGACCGAGGACAGAUGCCGGUGGCAGUGGGGAACCAAUCGCCCCGGGCAAGCUCUUCAACAUUCCAAAGGAAGAGGAUGUGGAGAUGGCCGUGCCUAUUGCAGGUCCAGAGCGUGCUCGCUCGGCGUCGGUGGCUCCACGCCUAUUUGGAAUCCCGAUGGAAGUUGAUUCGGACGUUGGUACCGACGAGAAGGUGCCUGUCGAGUCAGCGCUGGCGACGGUGAGAAGGGGAGGAAGCUUGUUCGGCAUCCCAACGGAGGAUGAGAUACCGGACAUGGAUCCGCUUGUCGCGAAGAUGUUGGCAACAACACUAGCAUCGCGGGCCGGGAGCUCCGUUGCACGUAGUGAGUCGCCGCAAGAGCGUGUGCCCGCCGAGGUGGAUGGCCGUGCGCACAGCCGGAAGCUAUUCAACAUCCCGAUGGAAAUCGCUGAUGAGGGUAUCAGAAAAGCGCACCGGUGGGCCCGAAGUUCGGCGAACUUGGGUGGGUGCCACCGCCUUGGAGGCGUGACAUCAGCCCUUGGACGGGGUUGCGGCAUCCCCGGGUCGGGGAGCAAUGUGCUUGGAGGCGUUAGCCCCAGCACAGGUGAGGAAGAAGGCACCCGCAAGGACAAAGGAAAGUCCCGUGAGUUGCCCGCCGAGCCUGACAGGAUGGUCCCUGCCAACAUUACCAGCACCCUUGCUCCACACCAUGAGCAAGACGAUGCAUUUUUCACCUUCGCUCCGACUGCGACGAAUGCGUUCAAUCCGGCUCCGGAAACCCAUGGCGGUCUGACCGGCGCCAUGUCGUCACGAGUGCUGGAGUUGGCCGCCGAGCGUGCCGCGGUGAUGGCACACAUCGAUUCGUUGUUGGCACUCCAGCGCGCAAACAACCAAAACAGGGCGGCAGUAGCGUGGGUGAAGGAAUGGUAUCGCGAGGCGAGUGGUUCACGGUAGACAGAUUUGUAAUGCUCU